CCGCCACAUCAGCGUUCAGAUGGAUAAAGAGAUAAGAAGGGUGCAUGGUUUAAAAGGAGUGUCAGACUUUGAGUAAGUCACUCCUCGCUGUAGAGUCGUCCUGUUCUCCCUCACUGCAACCAUGACCUUCAACGGCACCUGGAAAAUUGAUCGCAAUGACAACUAUGAGAAAUUCAUGGAACAAAUGGGAAUUAACAUGGUGAAGAGGAAGCUGGCUGCUCAUGACAACCUCAAGAUAACCCUUGAACAGACUGGAGACAAGUUUCAUGUCAAGGAGAGCAGCAAUUUCCGUACCCUGGAAUUAGACUUCACCCUGGGGGUCACCUUUGAUUACAGCCUCGCUGAUGGAACAGAACUAUCCGGCUCAUGGGUUAUGGAGGGAGACAUGUUGAAGGGGAUUUUCACCAGAAAGGAUAACGGAAAGCAACUGGUAACAACAAGAAUCGUCCAAGGAGAUGAACUCAUUCAGAGCUACAACUAUGAAGGUGUGGAUGCAAAGAGGAUUUUCAAGAGGGGUUAGACUGAACAGAUCAGUUUGCACUGUUGGACUUCAGGAUUACAUUCAGUAUUUUGUUGGAUUGUCAGCUACUUAAACCAGUUUAACUUUUAAGAUGUGCACUAUUUGAACUGCCUGUACGGUUUAUGAACCAGUUUUGAAAAGCACAGGAUUUUGAUAUCUGCAGUAAUAAAGACAUAAUGUAAAA